CCGUACCAACUGCACCAUCAUCAUAUUUUGACCUUGACCUCUCAUCGCUGUCGAGGGCUUCAGUGGCAGCGGUGCAAGGCUACAGAAGCCAGGAGCAGGGAUCAUGGCUACUACAUACCCUCCGGUGUCUUCGUCGUCAACGUCGUCCGCACCCCUACAUCCUCAUCACUCCCUGGGCCGGUCAUCUGAAGACUCGUUCGACUCGGACCAAGAUGUCGAGGCUAGUGCAUACGACAGAGGGUUAGAAGCCAAAGAAGCUCCACUAUAUGAUGAAGAAGAUCCAUAUCCAGGAGCGGAGAUAGCAGCAGCAACAUCCACUCCGUCCACAGCUAAGACAUCUGCUACGCAGUCGGGCAGCCAAGCUAGGGGUCAUCGUAGAUCCUCAUCAGCAGCUGUGGCUGGCGAUCCGCUCUCUCUUGAUGCAACCUCCAGCGGCUUCAGACACGAUAGAAGUAGAGCUGAGAUGAACCGUCUCAUGGGAAAGCCAGGAAGAAUUAGGUCCAAGGAGGACUUCGGCAAGAGGGCAGUUGUCAUUGGGUGCUUAAUUGCUAGUUGGUAUACUUUCUCAACGCUCAUCAGUGUGUACAACAAGUGGAUGUUUGAUCCGAAGGAGCGCAAUUUCCCAUACCCGGUAUUUGUCACAUCUUUACAUAUGCUGGCUCAGUUCUCUAUCGCAUCAAGCCUGAUACUGCUGCUCGAUCGGACAGGCAGACUGCAGCUGGUGCCCCGCACGCCAGAGGGCAGGAGGCGGCGGCCUAGUGGUAGGGAUUGGAUCUCGAAGGUCGUUCCCUGUGCGCUGGCGAGCGCGCUAGACAUUGGCCUCUCCAACACCUCCCUCAAGUCCAUUUCACUGACUCUGUACACAAUGUGCAAGUCGUCAAACCUCGUCUUCGUUUUGGCCUUUGCCUUCUUGUUCGGACUGGAGCGGAUACGGUGGAAUCUUGUCGGCGUAAUCACGGUCAUCACGAUUGGGGUCAUCAUGAUGGUCGCAGCAGAGACGGAGCUGGUACUCAUCGGCGCCAUCCAAGUCCUUCUCGCCUCCAUGAUGGGCGGUCUCCGAUGGGCCCUGACCCAGAUGCUCCUCGAGAAGGAGAAGCUGGGCAUGAACAAUCCCGUGGCUGCCAUAUUUUGGCUCUGUCCAAUUAUGGCCGUCCUUCUCUUCUUCACCGGGCCCAUGGUGGAAGAUUGGAGGGCAAUGUGGAACUCUCCCGAGCUGGCCGGCGGAUUUGCUCGGACGUUGAAGACGUUCCUCCUCUUUCUUGCACCUGGUGUCCUCGCCUUUUGUAUGAGUCUGAGCGAGUAUGCACUAAUACAAAGGACUUCCGUCGUCACUCUGUCCGUCGCAGGUAUCCUCAAGGAGAUUCUCACCGUCCUCAUCGCCUCUUCCAUCUUCGACGACCGUCUUACCCCAGUCAACAUCACCGGCCUCUGCAUCGCCAUCAGCGGCAUUGCAGCCUACAACUACAUCAAGUACAAGGGCCUCAAUGACGAAGACGGUGGAGGUGUGAGAGAAGGCGGAGCGCCAGGAGAAGGGUACGAGCGGGCGGCUACGACGGAGCAAGAGUGGGAGAGGAGCGGACGAGUCGCCAGCGGUGGCAGAGAGGGAUUCAUUGAUGGUGAAGAGGGCGAUCCGGACUCUUCUGAGGUGCUCUUCGAGAGGCCGGAAGAUUCUGCCCUACCCAAUGCUGCCUCGUCGGCCUUUCCCAAGAAGGGGCUAAGACCGGGCUCGCAUAGUGGUACUGGGCUCGAGGAAGGGUAUUCGCUCUCCUCAUCGCCAGCGCAACAUCCUCUUGCGAGUAUGGCACAGAGUGAAGAGGAGAAAAGACGUGAGAGGAGAGAGGAAGCGGCGCGCCGCAAGAGACGGGAAGAGGCUGAUAUGGAUGGGUGGGAUAAUAGUGGCUUUCAGACCUCGGGGAACGGUCUCCACUACGCGGAUGGUGAUGACGAGGAAGAAGAUGGAGCAUUGGACUCGCGUAGAUGACGAGACUUGUAGUCGGUAUCUAGUACGCAUCUGUCCAGCUUGUCGAUUUUCUGAUGCGCAAAUCUAUACAAUUGUAUUCUCGCUGCAGAUACAGCGAUAUGUAUGCUCUACACGUCCUGUGUGGUGUCGAUUUGGUAUUUGCAAAAGCCUCUCUACGUGAUCCCUACUCCGCCGGGCUGCUCGACUCGG